UUUACAAUUCCUCUCAUUCAACUAAGCUAAUCAACUACAUUCCCAUCUUCUCCUUGUGUACUAGUUCAUUUUCAUCCUCAUUUAAGGUAUGAAUAAAACCCUAAUUUUUGUUCAAUAUGCAAAUUGUUUUUUUUGUUCAUUAUUGUUUGAAUUGAAGUUAUAAAAACGUUAAUUGUUUGUUACAUUCUAUUGUUUUCAUGAUUUAAGCUUACGUUUUACACAUUUGUAGUUGAAUUUUAGGAUUUGUUUUGUAUGCAUAUAAAGUGUUUGAUGAAAUGCUUCAAUGAAAGUUUAUUACUUUGUAGGGUUAGUUUAAUGGUUUUUGUAUAUAUUCAUGGUAUUUUUAGCUUUUAUAUUUGAAAUGAACCUUAUAAUAAGUGUUCUAAUACCUUAGUAUCACAAAUUCUUGUAUUCAAAUUUACACUUCCCGUUAUAGUGUAUUGGGGUGAGGAAGUCAUGAUAUUGGUUGCAAAUUGGUAGCAAAUUGGUGGAGAUAUCACAUGAAAGAUCAUUAUCCCAUUGAAAAACAUGUUGAAUUGGUUGCAAAUUUGGAUAAUGCGAGGGAAGUCAUGAUAUUUUUAUGAUUUUUAUAACACUUAUGGCGAUGAAAAACACGUAACAGCGAUCAUGGCGAUGCCGGGCCCAGUUGAUCCAUCAGUGCUUACGCUUCAGGCGACACACAGGAGCAUAGCUGCGUGGGAGGGCUCCACUGCCCAAUUGGUUACUCGUCAGCACUACCAGGCGAGUACGUUACGGUGGGAGGUGGAUGACAGGGUAUUAGACGUAGUCGAGCUAGCUGGUUUUAGAUACAUUCACCGGUUGUUGGGCGGGGGCUUAGAGCUCGAUCGAGCACUUAUCACUGCAUUGGUGGAGAGGUGGAGGCCGGAGACACAUACCUUCCACCUCACAGUUGGCGAGGCAACGAUCACGUUGCAAGAUGUGGCAGUUAUCAUGGGACUGCCGGUUGAAGGACAAGCAGUCAUUGGUCAUGGGGAGGGAAAUUGGCCAGCAUUAGUACAUGAGCUGCUAGGGGUUUGGCCGGAAAACCCUCAAGACCCCUCACAGCCGAAGAUCAUCGUUGGAUCGUCAUUGAAGCUGACUUGGCUUCGACAGCAUUUUAGCGCGCUUGAGGAUGAUGCAGAUGAUGUGACGGUUGACAGACAUGCCCGAGCUUACAUUUUGUACCUGUUUGGAUGCAUCUUGUUUCCGGACAAGAGCGGCGACUCGGUACAGUUGAUCUAUCUCCCUCUACUGGGAGACUUGGAGCGCGUAGAUGAGUACAGUUGGGGAAGUGCUACCCUAGCGUAUCUGUAUCGUAACUUAUGUCGAGCAUCUCGUAAGGGUGCCAAGGACAUGGGUGGAUGCUUGAUGUUGUUACAGAUAUGGUCAUGGGAGCACAUUCAUAUAGGGAGGCCCAUUAUUCGGACGGUUCGACCGGAUGGGCAACAUGAUCAGGAAGAUGACGCGGAUGAUUUUGAACCGAUAUUAGGGUCACAGCAUCGGCGCGGGAUGGAUCCUUUGGCAGUAAGCUGGCUUCGCGUAUAUCUUUCGAGAUCCCACUCCCCACAUACUCUCGUCUACUACAGGGACGCACUAGAUCGACAACGGGACGAGCAGAUGACAUGGCAGCCUUACACAGCGGCUAAGAUGGAAGCUCUACCGCACAUAUGUACAUCGGGCCACGAGAUUUGGAGAUCGCGUUGUCCUCUUAUUUGCUUUGACAUCGUCGAGCUACAUCUCCCGGAUCGUGUCAUACGUCAAUUCCGUUUGGAGCAGGCUGUAGAAGUGCAUCUUAUAGAUAAUUUCUUGUAG